CAAUGCCACGCGGCGGAGGCACGCACGCACGGACGAACGAACGCGUUUCGGGACAGGCAGGUAUAAAAGGCUAAAGUAAAUCAGAUCUGGAUACACUUAGGUCCCAGCCCAUCCGCCACAGACAUGGCGACGUGGAUUAGCUUAGUGGUGUUGUCCUUGGCGGUGGUUAGCACCCUGAGUUUUCCACAGCCAGAUGCCGAGUACCAAAUCCCAAACGUCGGACUCGGAUCUCGCUCCCAGUAUUACGUUCUGCACUCCGAUGGCUCCUUUAAAUAUGGCUACGACUCUGGAGAUGGUCUUUACGAACAGUCAAUGGCUCAGGCCCCUGGAGAAGUAUCCGGAGCAUUCGGUUACAAGGACCCUACUGGAGCAGAUAUCAAGCUUGAAUACACAGCUGAUAAACGAGGAUUCCUGCCACGUGGAGGACAUCUGCCGGUGAGCCCUGAAAGCACUUUUGGUGCUAAAGUAAGAAAGGUUCCUGGUUCCCCAUCAACAGGAUCUGCUGCUAAGCCAUACAGUGCCCCGGCUCCAUCACCUCCUGCAGCUCCAGUUCCUGCAGUUCCAGUUGAAUUUGCUGAAAUAAGGAGCUCUGCUGGAGGUGACGGAAGUUACAGCUUCAACUACGAAACCUCUAGCAGUUCUCGCUCAGAAUCUGCUGAUCCUCAUAAUUCAGUAACAGGACAAUACUCUUUCGUUGCUGAUGAUGGAAUCAACCGUGCAAUCAAUUAUAUUGCAGGAUCAGGCACUGGUUACAUUGCUGAAGGGGAUUCACUCCCUGUUGGGCCUCCUGUCCCUGGAGCUGAAAGUGGUAUUCCCACUGGCAGGAUUCUUCCAGUUCUCUCCGAGGAAGAGGCCAAUGCCCUUGCUGCAGCUACAUCCUCUGCAUCCUAUGCUGCUCCCCAAACAAAGUCAGCAACGUCUGCAGCUUCUCCAUCCUCAGCUGUACCAAGCCCUUCAUCCAUCAGUGUUGCUGGUACAAGGUCAGCAGGUACUGCUUCAAGAGAUGCUUCCUACUCCUUCAGUUAUGAUGCUGGAGACAGUGACAGAUCUGAAAGUGCUGAUGCUGACUUGAAUGUCAAGGGAACUUACAGCUUUCUUCCACCUGAGGGACACAGACUCACAGUGAAUUAUGUUGCAGGAUCUGGUACUGGAUUUGUUGCUACAGGAGAUCACCUUCCAGUAGCUCCUGAUGCUGAUACUCCUUCUAGAGUGAGGGGAGUAGUCCCUUCAGCAGCUGUUGACGUUUAUUCUUCUCCUUCUUCUCGUCCAUCUACAAGAGUCACAGCUGGUGCUGCUGCAUCAGCUCCUGUUGAAGUGGCUCAGGUAAGAAGCUCUGCUGGUGAUGAUGGAAGUUAUAACUUUGCUUAUGAAACAUCAAGCAGUUCUCGUUCAGAAUCUGCUAAUGCUCACAAUUCUGUCACUGGACAAUAUGCCUUCGUUGCUGAUGAUGGAGUUAAUCGUGCCAUCAAAUAUACCGCUAAUGCAGAGACUGGCUACAUCGCCGAGGGAGAUUCUUUACCCAUUGGUCCUUCAGUGCCAGGAGCUGAGUCUGGCAUUCCCACUGGAAGAAUAUUGCCUAUUCUCUCAGAAGAAGAAGCAAAUGCUUUAGCUGCCGCCACUUCUAGGUCUAGCUCUCAGACCACCACUGGACAAUCAUCAGCUGCAUCUGCUGGUGUUGUUGCUUCUACCAAAUCUGCAGCUUCUCGUACUUCUGAUGCCUCCUACUCUUUCAAUUAUGAUGCAGGUGAUAGUGCACGAUCUGAAACUGCUGAUGCAGGCCUCAACAUUAAGGGGACGUACAGCUUUGUACCACCUGAGGGACACAGACUCACUGUCAAUUAUGUUGCAGGAUCUGAUACUGGCUUUCUUGCCACAGGAGAUCAUCUCCCUGUAGCUCCUGAAGCUGCCUCUGCUUCAGCAGUUGCCGGACAUGCUGCUGCUCCAAGCGUCACUGCAUAUUCUGCUCCUACUUCUCAUUCAUCAUCAAGGGCUCCACAACCAAGUGCACCAGCUCCUGCAGGGGCAGCUCAGGUGCGAAGUUCUACAGGCAAUGAUGGAAGUUACAGUUUUUCUUAUGAAACCGACAGUAGUUCACGCUCUGAAUCAGCUGAUGCUCAAAAUUCGGUAACUGGACACUAUGCAUUUGUUGCUGAUGAUGGAAUCAACAGAAAAAUCGACUACAUUGCUGGUUCUGGAACUGGAUACAUUGCUGAAGGCGAUUCCCUGCCUGUUGGACCCUCUGUUCCUGGUGCUGAGAGUGGUAUUCCUACAGGUCGAAUUCUGCCAGUUCUUUCUGAAGAAGAGGCCAAUGCCCUUGCAGGAGUUAGUGCCACCAGUGGUGUUUCUCCUCUCCUGAAGGCAAGUGCUACCAGUGGUGCAUCAGCAGCACCUGCAGAUGCUUCAUAUUCCUUCUCUUUUGCUUCCGACAGUUACUCUCGAAACGAAGAAGCUGAUGCUGAUGGAAAUAUUGUUGGAUCAUACACUUACGUCGAUGAAGAUGGAGAGGAACACACGGUCAAAUUUGUAGCUGGUCGAGAGACUGGUUUCUUGCCAGAGGGCUACCCUACACCCAGUUCUGCCAGUGCUGCACAAGCUGCUGCUUCUUCUAGAACUGCUGCUGCUGCGACUGCAGCUGGCACUGGUGCUGCUGUUUCUGUAUAUUCGGCCCCAUCAGCUGCAGGGAGCUCAGCAGCUGGUGGCAGCUCUUCAGCAGCUAAACCUGCAAAGGCUUCACCGUCUCAGAGGACUUCGCUGUCAGCAGGUCACUCAAGCCGAGUGGUCGGGGAUGUUCUCCUUCACCAGUACGAUGCCGUGAACAGGGAUAAAUAUGGCUACGUCUUCACUGCACUUCGACGCUAAUUAUAGAGCUUUCUUUCACAACCAGUACUGAGAAAUCUUCAAGAUAUGUACCCAUUCGACUAGUCUAUUACUGUUAAAAUUCCUCCCUCACAUCCCAGUGUGCAACUUCUUUAAUAUCUUUCAAAGGAAAUGUUCUCCCCCUCCAUCAUUUCUGCCAUGGCCUCACUGACGACAGCGGACCGUUGUAGGACUUUGGACGUCUAGUGCGCUUUCCACAGCAGCGUUGUAUAUAGAUAUCACGAUUCCUCAUGGAAUGUAAUCCAACGAGAAGCAAAGUGUAAAAAAAAAUUUAUAAAAAAAGAUGCAACUAACGGAAAAUGAAAAAAAAGAGACACAAAACAUGUUGUGUGAAAUAAAAUGAGUCUGUUCACACUGUUUUUCUAUUUGCGCCCUGUAAGGAUACUCCAAUGGUCAAGUUGUUUUUACAGAAAUGAGAAUAAAAAGAAAAAUGGA